CCGAGCCGCCCCCAGCCGCCCCAGCCACCCCAGCCAUGUCCAAGGAGGCGCGGGCCGGGCGCGACGAGAUCAUGGAGUGCCAGGUGAUGUGGGAGCCGGACAGCAAGAGGACCACGCAGAUGGACCGCUUCCGCGCGGUGGCCGGCGCUGCCUGCGGCCUGGCGCUGGAGAAUUACAACGACCUGUAUCACUGGUCCGUGGCAUCGUAUUCGGACUUCUGGGCAGAGUUCUGGAAGUUCAGCGGCCUUGUCUUCUCGCGCAUGUAUGACGAGGUUGUGGACACGUCAAAAGGGAUCGCUGAGGUCCCGGAGUGGUUCCCCGGCAGUCGGCUCAACUAUGCGGAGAACCUGCUGCAGCAUGCCAAGAACGACAGGGUGGCUCUCUACGUGGCGAGGGAAGGCAGGGAGGAGAUCGUGAAGCUGACCUUUGAGGAGCUGCGGCAGCAGGUGGCUCUGUUUGCAGCAGCCAUGAGGAAGAUGGGUGUGAGAACGGGGGACCGUGUGGUCGGUUAUUUACCCAACGGCGCACACGCUGUGGAGGCCAUGCUGGCCGCAGCAAGCAUUGGUGCCAUCUGGAGCUCCACGUCCCCAGACUUUGGGGUGAACGGCGUGCUGGACCGGUUUUCGCAGAUCCAGCCGAAGGUCUUGUUCUCCGUGGAGGCCGUCGUCUACAAUGGCAAGGAACACAGCCACAUGGAGAAGCUGCAGCGGGUGGUUCGAGGACUUCCCGACCUGAAGAAAGUGGUGGUGAUCCCCUACGUGGCCACCAGAGAGACGAUCGACAUCUCCAAGAUUCCGAACAGUGUGUUUCUGGAUGACUUCCUGGCCACAGGGAUGGGCGAGCAAGCCCCCCAGCUGGAGUUUGAACAGCUGCCCUUCAACCACCCGCUAUUCAUCAUGUUUUCGUCAGGCACGACCGGGGCACCCAAGUGCAUGGUCCACUCUGCUGGGGGCACCCUCAUCCAGCACCUGAAGGAGCACCUGCUGCACGGCGACGUGACAAGCGGGGACGUGCUACUGUACUACACCACGGUGGGCUGGAUGAUGUGGAACUGGAUGGUGUCUGCUCUCGCCACGGGGGCCUCUCUGGUCCUUUAUGAUGGGUCCCCCCUGGUCCCAACUCCCAAUGUGCUCUGGGACCUGGUGGACAGGAUAGGCAUCACCAUUCUGGGGACAGGUGCCAAGUGGCUGUCGGUGCUCGAGGAGAAGGACAUGAAGCCUGUGGAGACCCACAGCCUGCAGACCCUGCGCACCAUCCUGUCCACCGGUUCCCCGCUGAAAGCCCAGAGCUACGACUACGUCUACAAGUGCAUCAAGAGCAGCGUCCUCCUGGGCUCCAUUUCAGGUGGUACCGACAUCAUCUCCUGCUUCAUGGGCCACAACCCCUCCAUCCCCGUGCACAGAGGCGAAAUUCAGGCCCGGAACCUGGCUAUGGCCGUGGAGGCGUGGAGUGAGGAAGGAAGGGCAGUCUGGGGACAGAGCGGGGAGCUGGUAUGUACGAAGCCGCUGCCCUGUCAGCCCACGCACUUCUGGAACGAUGAGAACGGGAGCAAGUACAGGAAGGCGUACUUCUCCAAGUUCCCAGGUGUCUGGGCGCAUGGUGACUACUGCAGAAUCAACCCAAAGACUGGGGGCAUCGUCAUGCUGGGCCGGAGUGACGGCACCCUCAACCCCAACGGAGUGCGGUUCGGCAGCUCGGAGAUCUACAACAUUGUAUACGCUCAAUGGCAAGAAGGUGGAGGUGGCUGUGAAACAGGUCAUUGCGGGGAGGGCCGUGGAGCAGCGUGGGGCCUUCUCCAACCCCGAGAGCCUGGACCUGUACUGGGACAUCCCCGAGCUGCGGGACUUCUGAGUCAGCUGGUCUGCCUGCUGCCUGGCCACACACACGUGCACCGAACCCUCCAUAUACCACAGUCGUGUAGAAGCCUGUGGGCCAGGAUGGGGGCAAGCCGUGCCCUAUCCUGUUGGUGGGUCUCGGGGAUAUGAGGCUUCCAUGCCCUGGCCAGGCACGGAGCCGGGGCUGUGCAUGUGGCCUCAGGCGUGCCCAGCCAGCAGGGCUCCCAUGGGCUUGAGUGCUUGGCGUGCUCACUCUAACUCCUUGCAGAUGCAGGCCUGUUUCUUCCUCUUGUGCUCCUGGCCUCUCUGCUUUCCCUCAGGGCUCAUCUACUCCAUGCUGAGCACCGGCUCCGAGAAGGGAGCGGCCGCAGAGGGCACGGCCC